AUGGAGGCAUGUACUAUGAUAGGACACAUCACAGUGGCUGCGCAGCAAGGUACGGAAGGCACUGGCUAUAUGCUACAAGCCGACAUGCAGGCGGCGGCUGCCGUGGCUGAGAUCCAGCCUAGUGCAUUCUAUGCCUCCGGGGACAUCAAUCCUGUUAUACACGCUCCGUAUCUUAUCGGCGACUCUACCCCCGAGGACGACAUACCGACUCUUGUCGACAACAACAGCUCUUCCACGAUUGGUGAGCAAUCAUUGGAUACAUCUGGUACUGCAGAAGUUGGUUUCGAAGAUGGCCAGCAAUCAAGCUCGCCACCCACUGAACAGUGGGCACAUCCCGAGGAUAGCAACACAAAUGAGGCGCAUGAGCUCUCUUGCCGCUUCUGUGAAUUAGCUUUCAGUCGGCACUGCGAUCUCAAGUACGUAUGA